UACGAAGACCUGAUGGAAGCGUUCAAAAGCUUACAUAAAGAAUCUGAACAGCUCAAAACCUCUGGCUUUUCAACGGCAGAAAUAAGAAGGCUUUUUCACGCAGAGCAGCGACUGCACCGAGUUCAGCUCCAGCUCAAGGAUAUGCGUCAUGCGGCUGUGGAUUCAAAACCAGAAAGCUUAAUGAAGAGCCUUGAAGAAGAGACGAAGUUCAACACUUACUUGGUCUCCGAGAAAUUCCCCCGAGAGCUGGAAACGAAGAAACAGUCGCUGCUUCUCCUGCAGAAAGUGGUAGCCGAGCCAGCUAUGGGCCAGUCGGAUCUCAACGAGCUGGAAGCCAAAGUGAGUGGGCAGGAGGAUAAAUGGCACUGAUGGCGUUACCUAGUUGGGCUGUGAAACGUCUGUUAAGAAAGCCACCAAGCCCAGAGAGCACCAAGGACCUCACAGUCCUUCCUUCCCUCC